AUGUCAGCCAAGAGCUUCAGCAUAGUCACAGCUGCUGCAGUGCUUAUUCUCUUCCAAAAGACGCAGCUCUCAGUGCAAGCACCGUUAAAUGGAUCUAAGUGGUCUUACAUUGGUCCUGAUGGAGAGGCAACUUGGCCCAAGAAGUAUCCGUUUUGUGGAGGAGUAUUCCAGUCUCCAAUAGAUUUUCAUAAUGAUAUUCUCCAAUAUGAUACCACUCUCUUACCUUUAGAGCUUGUAGGCUACAACGUGUCCUCCACUGACCACUUUAUGUUGACCAAUAAUGGUCAUUCAGUAAGAAUGAGUCUGUUUCCUACCAUGCACAUCAGAAAUCUCCCUUUCCAAUACACGGCAACUCAGCUUCACCUACACUGGGGAAACAGGAACAAGCCAGAAGGCUCAGAGCACACAGUCAGUGGAAGGCAUUUUGCAGCAGAGCUUCAUAUUGUACAUUAUAACUCUGACAAAUAUCCCGAUGUAACAGCAGCAAUAGACAAAUCAGAUGGGCUAGCAGUUUUGGCUAUUCUCAUUGAGAUAGGCCCAUUCAAUCCAUCCUAUGAGAAGAUCUUCAGUCAUUUCCAGAACGUGAAAUACAAAGACCAGGUAGCUCUAGUCCCAGGUUUUGACAUCCAAGAACUGCUUCCUGACCAACUGGAUGAGUAUUAUCGCUAUGAAGGAUCCCUGACCACUCCUCCUUGUUUCCCUAGUGUUCUCUGGACAGUUUUCCGACACCCAGUAAAAGUUUCACAAGAACAGCUGCUGGCACUGGAAACAGCUCUGUACUGCACACAACCCAAUGACCCCGCACCCCUGGAAAUGGUUAAUAACUUCAGACACAUUCAGGAGUUUGAUGAAAGGCUGGUUUCUGUCUCCUUCCGUCAAGUCACUGUUUUAAGUGGCAUUAUGAUCACGUACAUCCUCCAGUUCCAUGUUGCCAAAUUUUCCUCAUUUUAA